AUGCUUGGUUUCCGCUGCCAUUUGCAAUUCGCUAUUGACAAUCAAGCCCCAGUUUGUGGAAAGCAAGGAACCACCAUAAGCCUACUUCAGAAGCGAUUGGGCGAAGAUGAACCUCUUGGAUCUGUUCUAAUCAACGAUGAUAUACAGACGACAGGAUAUGCCAGCCGCCAUGUCGCCCCACACAAUUCUCCUCUUGGCUCCAGCGGUCUUCAGCCCAUUCUCCUCCACCUCGAAGGCAGCUCCGUCGUGCCUACUCCGUCCAUGCCAGAAGUCAACAUACGGCAUCAGCGGUGGGUUUCGCCAUUCUCCGCAACGUUUGAGAAUGUACCAAGUCGACUGUUUGAUGCUGGGAAUCAUGGCAACUACUAUGGCAGGCGACUUCUGACAAGGUGCGUUCUAUCAAGUCGCCCUGACAACAAGACCAAGUUGCGACAACAAGUUCAACCCACUUCUACAACAAGAAAGGAGACUGCGACCACACCGAAGGUCACACGAUCUUGGUCCUCAUAUCUUAAACGAGAGUAUGAUCCAAUAUUCGUGGUUCUUGUCGCAGCAACAACCCCCAAAUUGAUUGACGAUUUUAGCUUCAAAAACAGACUCCAGCUUAAUCGAGGAAGUUGUUUGACCUUGGUUCCGCAACUUGGUCAUGCUAGCACGAAGACCUUGAGGAGCGCAGCUUGUCCGGAGUCCAUACAGGGCAUAGUAACAGCCAGAGCGCCUAGACUCGGAUUCCCAUUCAAUGUAGCCUCAAUCUGGUCUGACCCCAUUUUCGUAACUCGGCCGAGUUGUCAGGACGACCUAUUUGGACUCAACUCGCCCAACGUUCUUUGCUUGAGUGGUUAUGAUGGUUCCCAGCCUCGGAGCGUAGACAUGUGUGCUGUACGUCCCGGUUCGGUGGAUAUCUGUUUCAGGCAGACAAGGCUUGCUACCGCCGAGCAGUCUGGACGAGAGAACGGCAGCCCGAUUGGAACAACUGAAGCAAAAUGUACCGAUUAUGCACUUGCAAUACGCUCACAGGUUGGACAAGUUCACUUUUGUGAUUUCAUGCCGUGCCAUGCUUCACUUUUUUCCCGAAUUGAGCCAAUUCUAUGCAUCCUACCACACCAGGGCGGAAGCAGUCUUCAUCCGCUUCAUGAUCCCUCCGCGCGAUCGACCAAUCAACUGGUGACUUUGGCUUGUUCUGUCGCGAGGAUCAGCAACGUACAAGUUUUUGCCCUACACAUUCCUACAAUCGUCUAG